AUGCGUGAGCUCGUCCACGUUCAGGCUGGUCAGUGUGGCAAUCAGAUCGGCGCCAAGUUCUGGGAAGUCAUCUCCGACGAGCACGGCAUCGACCCUACGGGUACCUACCACGGUGAUUCUGACCUCCAACUGGAGCGCAUCAACGUCUAUUACAACGAGGCUACUGGCGGGCGAUAUGUGCCGCGCGCUGUCCUUAUGGAUCUUGAGCCAGGAACUAUGGAUUCUGUCCGAGCCGGCCCCUUUGGGCAGUUAUUUCGCCCUGAUAAUUUCGUAUUUGGUCAGAGUGGCGCUGGCAAUAACUGGGCUAAAGGCCACUACACUGAGGGCGCUGAGUUGAUCGAUUCUGUUCUCGAUGUUGUGAGGAAGGAAGCGGAGGGUUGUGAUUGCUUGCAAGGCUUCCAGAUAUGUCACUCGAUGGGAGGUGGCACUGGUUCCGGCAUGGGCACUUUGCUGAUCUCCAAGAUUCGUGAGGAAUAUCCUGACCGCAUUAUGGAGACAUUUUCAGUGUUCCCCUCCCCUAAAGUGUCAGACACCGUUGUCGAGCCUUACAACGCNNNNGAGGAAACUGCUAAGCGCCGUUGA